AUUGUUUUCUGGUUAUCUAUAAAUACCCCAUCUUCUUUUUUUCUCCUUACAGUCAUCUCUCCUAGCUCAGUUUCUCUGCAAGUUAUCGGUAAAUUAAAUGAUGGAGAUGAGAAUGUUAUCAUGCUUUGCUAUACUACUCGUUUUGCUAGCUCAUGUGGAUGCAAGGAAUAAAGUGGAGCCAAUACCAACAGAUGAAGCUUGCGAAACAUGCUUGGAGCCUUCACGACAUGCCAAGGAAACCUUAAGAGACACAAAACUAUUUGAGAAGCUAGGCAUGAUUUCAACCGAAGUUUGCGAUAUUUUGCCUUCUGAUUUUAAACCUAAGUGUUUAGAGACGUCAGAGGCAUAUGUUCAUCGAACUAGAUUACUUGUUACCGGAAUUUUCAGUGAAAAGACUCUCUGUAACAGCACAGGCCUAUGCCUUUUGAAAUCUAUGUUCACAGUUAUCAACGGCCUUGCUUCGGUCAACGACAACCCUGAAGAAGAAGACGGCGUCGCCGAUGAGAGUACAUGCGCAGCAUGCCGAAGAUCAGUGAAGGACAUUUUCGCGCAACUAAACAAGCCUAAGAUGAGGGUGAGGGUGAUGGAGUCACUUAUCGAAUACUGUGAAGAAGUGGAAGACAGUGAGAAAACAUGCAAGCAAAAAGUAUACAAGUAUGCUCCCAUGGUUCUUUCAAAGCUCGAGAAGCUUAAAACGACCGAGUUCUGCCGCAUGAUGGGGUUCUGUGAUGAGGGGACGCUGUGAAAUGAGAAUCAGUUCUCGGCUACAGGAGUUGAAAUAACCGAGAAGGAAACGUAUUUUUCCCGCCUCGAUCGCCUCGGAUGAUCUGAAUAAUUUGUGGCUUUUACGCGCGUUAUGGAGAUUUGCUUGUGUUGGUUUAAUUGGUUGUCACUGUAAAAGAAGGAUUAUAUACAAUCUAUCAUUGUAUGAACACUCGAUUGUGUUGUAAGAAUUGAGAUAUAGCUAUAUGUUGAUGUUCAAGUUCUUAUAAUUAAAUUCGUAAGGUUUCUCAA